CCAGCUGGCACCAAGGCCCCUAAGGCCGGCCCCGGCCAGCUUGGCCCUGCGGGAUGUCACCCGAGCUGGGUCCCUUCAGUUUGGGAAUUUGCCAUGAUGUCACUAUGGGGAAGAGGAAAGUCUGCACUGUCCCCUCCCUGGUACUGUACACUCCCCACCACUGUCCUCUCCCUCUGAGCCCUACUCUCUUCCCCCACAGCGCCCCACAGCCUGGCAUUGACCCCAUCACACUGCCCUCCUGAGCACUGACCUUUCCUUCUCCACAGUCCUCUUCCUCUGAACACUGAUCGCCUAUGUGCCCCUUCGUCCUGGCCCUGUCCUCUCCCAUGGAUACUCUUCCCUUACAUUGCCCCUUCCUCUUGAGUGCUGACUCCUCACACUGCCCCCCUCCUUCGGGGCACCACCUCUGCCUCCCACAUGUCCCUUCAUCCUGGUACUGCCUCCUCCGACACAUUGCCUAUUUCCUAGGCACUAGUCUCUAGCCCUGACACUAUCUCUGACACACACACAGCCCAUCCACCCUGUGUUCACUCCACCCUCGGCUCUACCCUUCCCCGGACCUUGAUAGAGAACCAAGAGCCCCAUCAAGCCAUUCCUCCUUAGUGGCGAGACGUCAGAAGCUACUCGAGUUUCUCCUUGGGCCCUGCCAGGAAGAAACGACCUCUGCACCCCGCCACCCCUCCCCACGCCCUCCUCCCAGGAGCGGCCCCUCCCGCACCUAGACCUCCCGUCCUUGGGGCCUCACUCUUUCCCUCACCGCCUCCACCCCGCCCCACUUCCCUCACACCCCGCAGUCCAGGUUGCUCCAGGUGCAUUUCCCUGGGAGAGCCGUGGGGACCGGGUGGGGGAGGAGGAAGAGAGGGGAUGAGAAAGACCAAGCAUCACAGCUCUGAACAUCGCCUCCCCCCCCCCCGGGACCUAGUGACCCCCUCCGAAUCCCCACAGCUUUCCUUCUCACUCUCGAUGGAGCAGCGGCGCAUGUGAGCCGCUGGCCCCUCUGGAGAAGCAAGAGAAGGCACUACUCCAGAGAGAGAAAUUAGGGCCUGAUGAGCUUGAUUUCGACGGCUCUGCCGCCCCUGGCCCCAGGCCCUACUGAGCCCCGGUGUCUCCAGCCUCCCGCCCGGGAGCCGGGAGCUUCAGACCCGGCCCAGCCCCUCCACGUGCCAGUGGACCCGCCCCCACUGUGGCACCAGGCGCCCCUCUCCGCCUCCAGCCCCUGCGCAGAGGGGUCCUGGGCUAGCGCGUUCCAAGCGCCCCCUACCGCCUCUCCCAAGCCUGGGAGGCGUCCCCAAGGCAGACCCCGACCGGGCUGGGCCGGCCCCUGUGAAUGGGCCGGCGGGCGGAGCAGCACCGAGGGCACCGCCCUCGGCCCGCCCGCCGAGGAGGGGACGCGAGCGGGAGGCUCUGCACUCGGCCACCCGGGCUGCGGGGACGGGACGGGUGCCGGCGCGGGCUCAGCGGGCGGGUAGCCGAAUCCAGGCCGGAGCCCGACCACAGCGGGAGGCCGGAGGGCUGUGCGCGGAGAUGGCGGCCGCAGCGGCCGCGGCGGCGGAGGAAGGGAUGGAGCCGCGGGCUCUGCAAUACGAGCAGACCCUGAUGUAUGGCCGGUAUACUCAGGACCUUGGGGCCUUUGCCAAAGAGGAGGCUGCUCGGAUCCGCCUGGGAGGGCCCGAGCCCUGGAGGGGUCCACCUUCCCCUUCGGCUCUCCCAGAGCUCCUGGAAUACGGACAGAGCCGUUGUGCCAGAUGCCGCAUCUGUUCGGUACACUGUCAUAAGUUCCUAGUGUCCAGGGUCGGUGAAGACUGGAUCUUCCUGGUCCUGCUGGGCCUUGUCAUGGCGCUGGUCAGCUGGGCCAUGGACUACGCCAUCGCUGCCUGUCUGCAGGCUCAGCAGUGGAUGUCUCGGGGCUUGAACACCAGCCUCUUGCUCCAGUACCUGGCCUGGGUCACCUAUCCUGUCGUCCUCAUCACUUUCUCAGCUGGAUUCACACAGAUCCUGGCCCCUCAGGCUGUCGGGUCCGGCAUCCCCGAGAUGAAGACCAUCUUGCGGGGUGUGGUGCUAAAGGAAUACCUCACCCUCAAGACCUUCGUAGCAAAGGUCAUCGGGCUGACCUGUGCCCUGGGCAGCGGGAUGCCCCUUGGCAAAGAGGGCCCCUUCGUGCACAUCGCCAGCAUGUGUGCCGCGCUGCUCAGCAAGUUCCUCUCCCUCUUUGGGGGCAUCUACGAGAAUGAGUCCCGCAACACAGAGAUGCUGGCCGCCGCCUGUGCCGUGGGAGUGGGCUGCUGCUUUGCGGCACCCAUCGGAGGCGUUUUGUUCAGCAUCGAGGUCACCUCCACCUUCUUCGCGGUGCGCAACUACUGGCGGGGCUUCUUCGCGGCCACCUUCAGUGCCUUCAUCUUCCGGGUCUUGGCGGUCUGGAACCGCGAUGAAGAGACCAUCACAGCUCUCUUCAAAACCCGCUUCCGGCUGGACUUUCCCUUCGACCUCCAGGAGCUGCCGGCCUUCGCCGUCAUCGGUAUUGCCAGCGGCUUUGGGGGAGCGCUCUUUGUCUACCUGAACCGGAAGAUUGUCCAGGUGAUGCGGAAGCAGAAAACCAUCAACCGCUUCCUCAUGAGGAAACGCCUGCUCUUCCCAGCUCUGGUGACCCUGCUCAUCUCCACUCUGACCUUCCCCCCUGGCUUGGGACAGUUCAUGGCCGGACAGCUCUCACAGAAAGAGACACUGGUCACUCUGUUUGACAACCGGACGUGGGUCCGCCAGGGCCUGGUGGAGGAGUUAGAGCCGCCCGGAACCUCGCAGGCCUGGAGCCCACCACGUGCCAAUGUCUUCCUCACCCUCGUCAUCUUCAUUCUCAUGAAGUUCUGGAUGUCUGCACUGGCCACCACCAUCCCAGUGCCCUGUGGGGCCUUCAUGCCUGUCUUUGUCAUUGGAGCAGCAUUUGGGCGUCUGGUGGGCGAAAGCAUGGCCGCCUGGUUCCCAGAUGGGAUUCACACGGACAGCAGCACCUACAGGAUUGUGCCUGGGGGCUAUGCAGUGGUGGGGGCGGCUGCGCUGGCAGGAGCAGUGACACACACAGUGUCCACGGCCGUGAUCGUGUUUGAGCUCACAGGCCAGAUCGCCCACAUCCUUCCUGUCAUGAUCGCCGUCAUCCUGGCCAACGCCGUCGCCCAGAGCCUACAGCCCUCACUCUACGACAGCAUCAUCCGAAUCAAGAAACUGCCUUACCUGCCCGAACUGGGCUGGGGCCGCCACCAGCAGUACCGGGUCAGAGUGGAGGACAUCAUGGUGCGAGAUGUUCCCCAUGUGGCCCUCAACUGCACCUUCCGGGACCUGCGGCUGGCACUGCACAGGACCAAGGGCCGCAUGUUGGCCCUAGUAGAAUCCUCUGAGUCAAUGAUCCUCCUGGGCUCCAUUGAGCGCUCACAGGUGGUGGCAUUGCUGGGGGCCCAGCUGAGCCCAGCCCGCCGGAGGCAGCACAUGCAGGAGCGUCGAGCUGCGAAGACCCCUCCACCGCCUGAUCAGGAGAGUCUCCCCAGCCCUGAGACCUCCGUCCGCUUCCAGGUGAACACAGAGGACUCGGGCUUCCCUGCUGCCCGAGGGGAGACUCACAAGCCCCUGAAGCCUGCUCUCAAGAGGGGGCCCAGCAACUCCAUGAGCCUCGGGGAGAGUUCCCCAGGGAAUGUGGAGCAGGCUGGCAUCGCCCUCAGGAGCCUCUUCUGUGGCAGUCCACCCCCCGAGGCUGCUUCGGAGUUGGAGAAGUCAGAACCAUGCGACAAGCGCAAGCUGAAGCGGGUCCGAAUCUCCGUGGCAAGCGACUCAGACCUGGAAAGUGAAAUGACCCCUGCAGAGAUCCUGGAGUGGGAGGAGCAGCAACUAGAUGAACCUGUCAACUUCAGUGACUGUAAAAUUGACCCUGCCCCCUUCCAGCUGGUGGAGCGGACCUCUUUGCACAAGACUCAUACCAUCUUCUCACUGCUGGGAGUGGACCAUGCUUAUGUCACCAGUAUUGGCAGACUCAUUGGAAUCGUCACUCUAAAGGAGCUCCGGAAGGCUAUUGAGGGCUCCGUCACAGCACAGGGCGUGAAAGUCCGGCCACCCCUCGCCAGCUUCCGUGACAGUGCCACCAGCAGCAGUGACACAGAGACCACUGAAGUGCAUGCACUCUGGGGGCCCCGCUCCCGCCACGGCCUACCCCGGGAGGGCAGCCCUUCUGACAGUGACGACAAGUGCCAGUGAAUUCCUCGGCGGGUGGCCCAGGGCGGUGGUGGCCUUGGCUGUCCGCGCAGCCCCUGCAGCUCUCCUGUGCCUCCUGCCUUGGGAAAGCAGGAGGCAGCUACGUCCAAAGGUUGGAGCCCCGGCCCCCCUUCCAAGCCGGGGGCACCAGCUUCUCCCAGUUCCUCCUACCUGGAAUGGGACUCAGCUCCCACCUGCGGCGAGUGUCC